AUGGAGAGUAUUGGCGAUCCAGUGCAUUCCAACCUCGACUUAACGGAAAGAGGUGGUGAAGAAUCGAGGGACCCCCGUGCCCCAAGCGGCAACCACCAUGAGAAGGACGAAUCUUCGCAUGGUUUUGACUCGAACCGCGUCUAUGAUCCCGACCAAAAUACAAAACCGGAGGAUACAGAGAGGACUAUCCGUGGCCUAAAAUGGUUCUUCGCCUAUUCGUCGCUUCUCUCCACGGUACUCUUUUAUGCCCUCGACGGCACAAUCGUUGCAGAUAUCCAACCAUCCAUCAUCGACACAUUUGGUGAUACUGGGAAGCUAUCAUGGAUCGGCGUAGGCAUGUUUCUAGGGGCUAUCUCGAUCCUACCAAUUGGUAGAGCGUACGGUAUCUUUAACGUGAAGUGGUUAUUCCUCUCUCUAGUAACUCUCUUCGAGGUAGGUAGCGCUGUCUGUGGCGCUGCGCCUAGCAUGGAUGCCUUCAUCGUCGGUCGAGUCAUCCAAGGCGUUGGUGCGUGUGGAUGCUAUUCGGGCGCCAUAACGUAUAUUUCUAUGACUACUACCCAGCGCGAACGGCCCCUUUAUCUAUCCGGCAUAGUCGCUACGUGGUCUAUCGGAAGCGUUCUAGGACCAGUAAUCGGUGGUGCGUUUGCCCAAAGUAGUGCGACAUGGAGAUGGGCCUUUUACAUCAACUUGAUCGUUGCGGCCGUCACUGCCCCGAGUUUAAUCUUGUGUUUGCCCAACAUCGACCCCGCAGCGCAUUUGACGUUCAAGGAGAAGCUCCGGACACAGGAUUGGGCGAGCAUAUGCAUAUUCCUGGCUGGAUCCGCAUGUUUGACCAUGGGUCUUACCUUUGGUGGGACCUUGUACGCCUUCGACAGUGGAUCUGAAAUCGCCCUCUGGACUGUAUCGGGUGUCCUACUCAUCGCCUUCGUCCUGAUUACUGUCUAUCACCCCAAAAUCCCUAUUGAGAAUAGAUUGUAUCCUAUUCACUUGAUGAAGAAUUGGGAGCUCAAUAUUCUACAAUUCGCGAUAUUUGUUGCCGCCGGCUCCAUGGUCACGACUCUUUACUAUACCCCUUUGCUGUUCCAAUUCACCAGGAAUGAUGGCGCUUUGAUGGCCGGCGUACGCCUACUACCAUUUCUCGGCGGCAUGGUUUUCUUCUCUGUUUUGAAUGGCGCAUUGAUGCCGAAGCUAGGUUAUUACAUGCCUUGGUAUGUUCUUGGUACUGCCUUGAUUCUCGUGGGAUCUACGCUUAUGUACACGGUAAAUGUAUCAACUUCGGAAGCUCAUAUCUACGGAUACACCGUACUUCUCGGAGGAGGCUGCGGUUCGUUCUUCACGGCGGGCUUUUCUGUAGUUCAGAUCAUGGUCCCGGUUUCAGAGCUUAGCAACGCUAUCAGCUUCAUGGCCAUUGGGCAACAAAUGGGUCAAAUCAUCGUUCUUAGCUUGGCAGGUUCUGUCUUCCAAAAUAUUGGCACGAAAAAGAUAGCCGCAGUUCUUCCAAACGCUUCAGCGCACGACGUCUCCCAAUUGACCUUAGGCACCCACAGUGCUAUUUUCGAAUCUCUUAGCCCCGACCUUCAGGCCAGUGUGAUAGAACAAAUAACCCUAGCACUCCGUAAUGUGUUUAUAAUCAUGGUUGCCGUCUCGGCUCUUGGCUUAAUAUCGUCUCUUUUCUUAAAGCGUCGUAAAAUUUAUUGAUGAUGGG